AUGCGUCUAGCGACGUUCAGGAUGGACUACAUUAAGCAACUCGGUAUGUUUUUAGGAAAAAGGUGUAGGAUCUACAGUUCUUUUAUCUCUUUGGCCACUUGAACACGUUUAGUUUUACUUUCUUAUAUCAGGCGGAGGUACAAGAACUCCUGAACUGUGCGCGGCGUCUUCAGUCUACUGGAGCAGCAUACUGAAAAUAUGCGCUAAAUUUCUGUGCUUCACUGUCGUACUCUAUGCCCUGUUCUAUUUCACAACAUUCGAUGCAGAACUGGUCCAUGACGGGCAUUUUAAGCGCCCUCCCGGCACGGAGCACGUGGACUGCAAGCUGGCCAUGGACCGUUCCAGCGAUUAUGCUGACAUUAUGUCCGGCCUUCGAAAUGCCUUUUUAGAUCCUCCAGAUUUCCAAGAUCUACCGGUGGAUUGCGCUUCCAUUCAUGCCAGAAACACGUUUACUUCAAAGCCAACUAGUAAAGCAGAGAAAAACUUUCCGUUAGCUAUAGUUCGCAACGUCUUUAAGGACUACUAUUAUCAAGAGCUGAUGCUAGCAGCAAUUUAUCAGCCACAAAAUUUCUACUGCUACUCAAUCGACAUUAAAGCAGAUCCGGUUUUCAAGAAGAGAAUGAAUUCCUUGGCUAAAUGCUUCAAGAACGUUGUCAUAUCCAACAUCUCAAGAGAUAUGGAUAGUCUUGGACAUGGGACUGACAUGGGGCAUCUGGAUUGCAUGGAAUGGCUAGUACAAGGGAAAAAAGAUUGGAAAUACGUUCAGGUUCUCCAGGUAAUCUUAUUACGCCUCAUGCUUUGUUGACAAAACCCAGAUUGCAAGCUCUGCAUAACUUUAGAACCACGACUUUCCACACAAAACAAACGGGGAAGCAGUCCAAAUUCUGCAAAUACUUAAUGGAGCCAACGAUAUCUCCGUUACGAAACUGUUCACGCACAGGAUAAACGUCAGCGAUGAUUGGACUUUCGAUGGACUAAACUUGAUAAAAAACAGUGAGGAAAAAAACCAUAUUGUUAUCAAUUUUUUCAGCCUCACAUUUGGCAAAGAAGUUUGCCAACACCAAUAUGACACUCAGUUUUGUCAAAGGGCAUAACCACAUGACACUCACAAAGGCCGCAGUUCAAUUUAUCUUUGAGAAUUUUAACUUAUCAACGCUCGUUCAAAAGAUUGACCGCCCCGAAGUGUUUGGAGUAGACGAAAUCAUCCUCCCGACCUUGUUGAGCAUGCCAGAACUCGAAGUGCCCGGCCAUUUCACACAAAAAUGCGCUGCCAACCAAACCAUGAACCAAUUUGUAACUCGGUUCGCAAAUUGGCGGAUCAAAGAGCUUUGCAGAAGUCGGCAAUUCCGUCAUCACGUCUGUAUUUUCGGGAUUGAAGAUUUGGCGCACAUUUUAAAACCCGCCCCACAUUUGGUGGUAAACAAACUGAUGCCGGACUUUGACUUCAACGCUGUGGUGUGUCAAUUAGAGGCGCUUUACAAUCGAACGUUCCUGGGCCAGGAAAUCAAACCGCCGUUGAACAUGCGUCAUUACCAAGCCCUUCCCCAUGUGAUCUUUCAAAAUCUUAAAGACAGUAAUGGAAAAGUCUCGCAGUCUGAUAUGGACAAGUACCGGUGCUAUUAA